AUGCCCGCCGCCUACCCGCAGCGGGCCCUGACGGUGCUGCUGCUUUUCGGCACGUUGGCCGCCGCCAUGGCCCUGCUCGCCUCCAGCCUCAUCUUCCAGCUGCCGUCGGGGCGGACUGGUACCGGUGCCGGGGCCGGGGCCGGUGCCGGUCGAGGGGCUCUGCCGGAGCCGGCGGCCGCCGUGCUGCUGCCGGUGUCGGCCGUGCUGGCCGCGCUCUGCCUGGUGCUCAACGUGAGCUGCCUCCUGCUCUGCCUCCUUCACGGUUACUUCAGCACCGAGCUGUGCCGGGGGCAGCCCGGGCCCGACCGGGCAGACUGGUUCCUUCUGGACAGCCGGACGGUUCGCCACGUUGCCAUCGGAUUGUUCUGCUGCGGGGUCUCAGUCUACCUAACAGCUCUCGCCAUCUACAUGCUGCUGCUGUUUGAACUGGAGGCCGGCAUCGCCAGCGCUUGUAUCCUCUCCUCUGGCAUCAUCGUCCUGCUGAUCACAGUGACGCACGCCCUGGUACGGGCUUCCCAGGUUUCACGCCGCAGCCGCUCCGAGGUCUCUCACACCCUGUACGAGAAUGACUCUGCCCAGCACGGCGAAUCCUCCACCAGCGAUCUGAACAACAAGAACGUAGCUGCGCCCCGGCCCCGGCCUGAGAUCCACCGGGAAUUUUCCUUCCCUCCUUUCCUGGAGCGCAAAUCCCAGCUGGGCUCUCCGGCCAGCAGCAACCUCACCUCCUCGGGCAGCCCCGAGCUUCGCUCCGAGAAGGAGAGCUACAACCUGCCCCGAACGCACAGGACGCUGUCGGCAGAGUCAGGCCUGCUGCAGGCACAGGGCAAGCCCUGGAACAGCAUCACGCAGGAGAUGAGGAACGUGCUGUCACGCAAACCGGGAGCCUCGGGCAAGGACUCGACUCUGGUGUGA